AUGGGCUGGACAUACAACACUCGAGAUCCUGAUGCACCCACCAUAGGGCCCAUGAUCACUGGCGUUGCCAUUGCCCUCACCCUUCUCUCUCUCGUCACAACGUGUCUUAGGACCUAUGUCCGGGCACGUAUGAUCAAAGCCUUUGGAAUCGAUGAUUGGAUGAUUUUAAUAACGUGGUUUUGUGCGGCCGGCUUUGCGAUUAUCACCGUUGUCCAAACGAAAUGGGGCCUUGGCUUGCUUCAUAUCCAAGACCUCCCGGACGAGGACGUGUAUAAUUUCGGGCUAUUACAAUACAUUGGCGCUCCGUUCUACAUCACCAGUAUUCUCGGCUUCAAACUCGCCCUCCUUUCUUCCUACGUUCGCUUUGUCCCGCUUGGGAUUUAUCGUAACAUCCUCUUCGGCGUCAUUACGACCUGUAUCUUGUUCCACCUCUCUUUCCUUCUUGUCCAGCUAAACCUCUGCCAACCGGUCCGGAAACAAUGGGAUCCGGCUGUUACCGACGGGUCAUGCGUUGCGAGUGUGCCGUUCUACACAUCCAUGGCCUCGAUCACAAUCGUCUUUGAUGUUACAGUGUAUGUCCCCCCUCCCCUGCGCCUCACCCACAGCUCCCCUUACACCCCGAUUCUUUCUCUAAUCCAUGCGUUCUGGGGGUGCCACAGGAUGCUCCUCCCUUUCCCCGUCCUUCACAAAUCCCACCUUCAAACACGGAAGAAGCUUAUCCUGUUCGGCCUCUUCGGCCUUGGCAUCUUCAUCACCGUAAUCCAAAUCAUCCGCAUCCAGACAGUCAAGCAACUAGUCAACUACGUCGACAGUGCGCCUCUCAUCCUCUGGUCCUCCGUCGAGAACAACCUCGGCAUCAUCGUCGCCAACGUACCCACCCUCGCGCCGCUCGUCAAGUACUACAACGUCCGCAGUUCUCGAGGAGGCGGCAUCAGUACCAGCGGCAAAAUGAACAAGAACGGGACGGGGAACUCGGCCGGUAUGGCAGUGGGCGCUGUCCCGACCAUUGGGUCAGCCACCGCCCGGGGCUGGCGCCACGGCAGCAGCGGCAGCCGCGGUAGUGUGGAUGAGUUGGCGACAUGGCAUGACACAACGGAGAUGGGUAGUUUUGGUGGGUCUGCCAGUGCUGUGUGCGCCAAGGGGGGCGGGAGUAUGGACUCGAUACUGUUGGAUAAGUCUGGUAGUGAUAGCGGUAGUAGUCAUCGGCCGCCCAUGAGCCGGGACGGUGAAAAGAUAGGGGACACUGGAGAGAGAUGUGUCACACCAAGGGGUAUAACGAAGAGGGUGGAAGUUGUAGUAACAAGGACCUAG